AUGGCUCCUCAACUUCCUCAUCCUAUUCGCUUGGCCCCUCAACCCGAAGCCCAACCCACCAAGGUUGGCGUCAAGUCUCCCGAAGAUGUAGUCGUCGUCGCUGCUGUACGCACUGCCAUGACUAAGGGUCGCAAAGGUGGUUUGAAGAAUACACGUGCCGAUGAGUUGUUGUCAUUUGUCUUUAAGGGCAUCAUUGAACGCACUGGCAUUGAUCCCAAGCUUGUUCAAGACAUUUGCGUUGGCAAUGUGGACGGCAAGGGUGGUUUGGCUACUCCUUCGCGUAUGGCUGCUUUGGCUGCUGGUUUCCCGGAUACCACCAGUGUCAUGACUACCAACCGUCAAUGUGCUUCUGGUUUGCAAGCCUGUGUACAAAUUGCUUCUUCCAUCCAAGCAGGUCUUCUCGAUAUCGGUAUUGGCGCUGGCGUCGAAUCCAUGAGCAAUGACUACUUUGAUCGCAACCGCAAAAUGUCCAAGAAGCUUCCUCAAGAGGUCCCUGUCGCUGCUGAUUGUUUGGUCCCCAUGGGUGUCACCUCUGAAAAUGUGGCUUCUGAUUAUGGUCUUACUCGUCAAGAACAAGAUGAAUUUGCUGUGGCAUCUCACAAGAAGGCUGCUGCUGCUCAAGCUGCUGGUUACUUUAAGGAGGAGAUUAUCCCUGUCAAGGCUACCGUGUACGACAAGGAUGGUGAAAACCCAAAGGAAGUCUUGGUGGAUCAAGAUGAUGGUAUCCGUGCCAACUCUUCUGUCGAAAGCCUUGCCAAGCUCAAGCCCGUCUUUAAAAAGGAUGGCUCUACGACCGCUGGUAGCGCUUCUCAAAUCUCGGAUGGUGCUGCUGCCGUGUUGCUCAUGAAGCGUAAGACUGCUCUCGCUCUUGGUAUGCCCAUCCUUGGUAAAUACGUUACUUCCGCUGUCGUUGGUGUGCCUCCUCGUAUCAUGGGUGUGGGUCCUGCUUAUGCUAUCCCUGUGGCCAUUGAACGUGCUGGUAUCACUCAAGAUGAUGUCGACAUUUUCGAAAUCAACGAGGCUUUCGCUUCUCAAGCUCUUUACACCGUCCGUGUCUUGGGUAUUCCUUUUGAAAAGGUCAACCCCAAGGGUGGUGCUAUCGCCAUUGGCCAUCCACUUGGAUGCACUGGUGCUCGUCAAGUGUGUACCCUCUUCCCUGAAUUGAAGCGCACCAACAAGCGUAUUGGUAUCACUACCAUGUGCAUGGGAACUGGUAUGGGUAUGGCCUGUGUCUGGGAACGCGAGUAA